AUGAUGAGCAGGCAGAAUGAAGGUGAGCUGGAGCCCUAUAAAAGACCAAGUAACUCUGCAGAAGAUACGAUCAACUGGCAUCCUCUCCUACAUCGACAGUCAUCAUCUCCUACAAUCUUUUAUCGCAGAAGGACUUCAACACUCUGCAAAAUGAAAUUGUUCAUCCUGUUCCUCUUUCUGGCCAGCGCCUCAGCUGCCCCUUCCAUCUUUCAUUACCUGCCUCAUUAUGCGGGGUCCAGGCAACAGGUACCACCCUCACAGGUGAGAAAUCCCUUCGUAGCUCCUUCUCUGCCACAACCUGUGGCACCUGGCGCCUACAGCGUGGAAUUGAUUUAUCCUCAUAGUUUUGCUGGUGGUGCUGGCUCAAACCCGGCUAUGCCCUUUACAUCCCAUGGUUUCAUGAAAAUAUCCAUUCCUCAGCCACCAGGCAGACAGAGUGUGGAAGUAUACUACCCAUACGACUUCUCCCAGCAAAGGAUAAUGACAAACAUUCCUCCCAUGACAAACAUCCCUCAGAUGCCAAAUGGGCUGCCAUUUGACUUUCCUCCUCAAAAUAUUCCCCAACAAAUCCCAAAUCUUCCUACUUUCGAUGCUGGAUUCAAUGCUCUUCCAUCCCAGGAUCCCCUUCAGACUCUCCAGCAGGACCAGCCCACGCAGACAAACAAGAUGCCAACUAAUGUCUGAAGUCGAUGAGAAGAUCGGAAGGAUUGCAAAACCAUUUCUUCUUUUUUACCAUUCAGAUUUAUGCAAUUGCCAAAAUGACUUUAAAAGACCCGAUCUGGUUCUGCAACAGGAUCAUAAUCAAAUAGCCACGUUUUAGGAUAGUCAAUUAUAGUCUUCAUUUAUUUAAACUUUUAUAGUGUUGAUGAAGUACUUUGUAAUGCUGUAUUUCCGCAGUAUGUGACCAACGUACUGCAAAUGUUUAUUAACUCAUUUGAUAUUUCUCAAGUGUCAUUUUCCUUAAGAAUAAAUUCUACGUUUUC